AACUGCUCUCCCAAUCAAAACCCACACCCCUUCUCUCUCCUCUCUAUCGCACUCUCUCCCAUGGCGGACUCUGAAACCCUAAACCCUAAAAUCGACCCCGAAGACCAACCCUCCUCCAAUGUCAACGACAACGGCCUCCACGAACCCGACCCGGAGGAGCCCGAUGACGACGAAUUCGAAGAAGACGAAGAAGACGACGACGAGGAGCCGCCGCCGUCGAAGGAGCAGCAGCUGCGUUCGGCGAGGGCGAAGACGGAGGGCCUGGUCCAGCGGAUGAUGAAAGAGCCCGUGGAGAUAAGAGUGCACGACGUUUUGAUCAAAGGGAACACGAAGACGAAGGAGUAUCUGAUCGAGGCGGAGCUGGAGGGGAUUAAGAAGGCCACGACUAUGCAGGAGCUUCUCGAAGCUUCGACCUUGGCCAAUGCCAAGCUUAAAGAGCUUGAAAUCUUCGAUUCGGUUCGGAUCACGCUCGAUGCCGGCCCGCCGGAGCUGCCGGGGACCGCCAACGUCAUCGUCGAGGUCGCCGAGACUGAGAGUGUGAUUACUGGUGAAAUGGGCUGUUAUACUAAGCCAGCGGCUAGAUCAUGGACACUUGAAAGUUCCCUCAAGCUUAAAAAUAUUUUUGGAUAUGGGGAUUUGUGGGAUUGUUCUGUGGCAUAUGGUCCCAACCAAACAUCGGAACUAAGUACUGGAGUGGUUUUACCCCGAUUCAAAGGUUUUGUAAAUCCCUUGAAAGCGCGUGCAUUCCUGCUUUCCCAAGAUUGGCUGGAGUUCUCCUCUUAUAAAGAGCGAAUGGCUGGGCUCUCUCUUACCCUAUUUUCAACAAGGCAUCAUGAUAUGGUAUACAACCUUGGAUGGCGUACACUUACAGAUCAAUCACAGAUGGCCUCCAAGUCAAUUAGAAGGCAGCUUGGCCAUGGCUUACUUUCAUCCUUGAAGUAUACAUUUACACUUGAUAGGAGAAAUUCACAAUUGAGGCCAACUCGAGGCUAUUCUUUUGUUUCUUCUACUCAUGUUGGUGGCCUGGCCCCUGAUAGUCGCAGUGUUCGUUUUUUGCGCCAGGAGCUUGAUUUUCGCUAUGCAGUCCCAUUGGGAUUUUAUAAUGCUGCACUCAACUUUGGGGUCUCUGGGGGUGUGAUCUUUCCUUGGGGGAAUGGAUUUUUGAACAAGCCUACAUCUCUUCCAGAGCGAUUCUUCUUAGGUGGUGAUUUCUCUCCUCUUUGUACUCUUGGGGGCCCUUCAACAGUGUGGGGAUUUAAAACAAGAGGAAUAGGCCCUACUGAACCAAGAAGACAUGUCAGAGAUAAUUCUAAUGAUGAGAAUUCAGAAUCCUCUGGAUAUGAUUUUGUUGGAGGAGAUCUUGCUGUUUCUGCAUUUGCAGACAUUUCAUUUGACCUUCCAUUGCGCUGGUUAAGAGAACGUGGAGUUCAUGGACAUGUUUUUGCGGGUACCGGGAAUGUAGCAAAACUGUCGGAGAAUGAGUUCAAAAAAUUUUCCUUCCAGAGAUUCAUGGAGUCAUUUCGAAGUUCAGUUGGAGCUGGGAUUGUCAUCCCCACAAAAAUUUUUCGCCUCGAGUGCAACUACUACUAUAUCCUGAAGCAAUUUGAGCAUGAUGGCGGAAAGGCUGGCUUUCGGUUUAGCAUCUCAGCUCCAUCAUCAUCAUAGAUUCCUGGAUUUGUUUUCCUUAUGAUGUUUGAUGUACGAUGACUUUGAGGUGACCUGGAAAGCAUGCCAUUUUGAAUUUCUGGUGCUUGAGUUUUUUCCUUACGGGAUGGACAACUCCACUCUAUCGGUUAUAAUCUUAGCUUAGACAUUGCUACAUUUUCUUGUAAUUUCAACCUUCGACUAAAAUUUCAGGAAGCCUGAUGCUUUGUGAUGCACAUAUAGAGGAAAAAUAACAUGAGAUUUCAAGUGCUGGAAUACAUAUGGCUGCUUUUGUUCAAGUGUGAGUGUCACAAGGUUCUGGAAGAUCAUCAUGCUUUAUACUUAAUCAGUAUAUUUUUUGGUCCUUUUUGGUUUGAUUUAUACUGAUCAUAUUACCAGCAUACCAUCAAAGUCUUCUGCUGCCUUUAGUAUUUGUUUUCGGUUUUGAUGUCUCUAGUACGUUUCUGAUAAUAGGUUGCCAUUUUAAGUCUCAAGCUGACCGUGAUCCAUUUCUUGUGGUGUUACUUGGGAGCAACUAGGGAUUUUCAUAUGGAAGAAUAUGUCUUUCCCUGUUUAAGUUUGAAGGUCUCUUUCCCUGGAUGUGUUGAAACAGUCAUUUUAAAAUGAUGG